GUCAAAUUACAACGCUUUACAAUAACAAUGUGCAUUAGUGACUUGGUCAAGCCCGUCCGAAAUAUGGCUUAACAAUGUAAACUUCACGAGGCCGCAAUUCUAGUUUUAUCGUGACGGAACUCGUCCAGUUGCGUCCGGUUGCGUGGUCAGGUGACGAGUUAUAAUUUUAUUUGGGGAUUACGCAUAUUCUCUUUUUACCAGACUAACAAUGGUACGGGUAGUGAUACGGAGACUUGGUCGGAUGUCCUUAUCUCGAUUUGUUUUAGUUGUUGUGAGUUGUUGUUGUAUGCUGGUUCUCAGGAAUAACAUGGACUUAGGAGUAAGUAUUUUCAAGUUUGGACGGGUUCUUCAUUACACAGACAAAACCAUCAGCAAAGCAACAGAAUUAAGGGCGUCCAAAGAUAUACCACCACAUUAUGACAGGAAAUUUAUUCAUACGCAGAUUUUGAUAGGGAACGGUACUUCUAGCCGUAAGUACGAUGUCACCGUUGUCACGGCCUAUUUUGAUCUUGGAACAUUUAGAAAAGGCUUUGCUGGCAAUUUCUCUACCGAGAACUACUUCAAUUGGUGCAAAAUAUUCAGAUAUUUGCUGAACCCAUUAACAGUAUACACCGAUUCACAGAAGUUCUAUUAUUUAAUGAAGAACAUAAGAAAUGAAACUGUCAACACAACACGAAUUCAUCUGAUUAAAAGAAACUCAUCUUGGGCAUUUCAGCUGCAAAGUAAUAUAUCAAAAGUAUUUUCUCAAAAAGGAUACCCUACCCACUAUCCUAAUACAGUUUUACCCGAAUACGCAUGCGCACAGCUCGCAAAAUAUGAUGUCAUAUCCCGUGCUUCACGCGACCACGUGUUCAAGACGAAUUAUGUUAUGUGGUUAGACGUUGGAUACUUCAGAGAUAGAAAGUCAAUCAACAAAUUUUCACUAAGUAGGCCGAACGGCUUCAAUGAAAGUCGUGUAGCUAUGAAUGUAAUCCACGCGAAUACACACAUGGCUAUGUCAGUGACAAAUAUAUUCCGAAAUAAUCUAGUUUGGGUCGGCGGUGGUCUAGUGUUUGCUAAUAGGGAUAUCAUUCUUCGAUACGAAACCCAGCUGAAAAAAGCCGUGGAUUAUUUCCUAAGCAGGCGUCUGAUGAAUACCGAUCAGCAGGUUGUGUACGCGUUGUUUAGUGAUGAGGGGCGCCGCGAGAUCCGCCCUCAAAUUGAGCUCCAGUUGUACAACCCCCCUGCGGAAAACAGCUGGUUCUACCUGGGAAAUAUUAUGCUUAAAGAAGACCUUCUAUUUAUUUCAAAUUCCGACAACAAUAGAACAAAACAGAACAGAUUUGAUUAUACAUAAUUUUGACAGUUGUCUAUGUAACAUAUACAUAUUUAAUACAAAUACGAACAUUUCAAGUAUACAAUAAAGUGAAAGAUCUUCAUGCAAUUGUUUAACUAACAGAUUAAGUGCGAACUGAAAUACUUAUGAACCAUUGCAAAUCAUACGAUAUCUUAGAAGGGCAAAUUAUUAUACUUCUUAAAGCUGCACCCUUACAUAUUGACAGUAUUGACUUCUUAUUUAUUUUCUCUCAGGAUCAGCUGAUUUUUGCAACAAUGCAUUCAAUUCGGUCAUUAAAAAUAAUUCAAUAAACAAUGAAUCACCAUUGUUUGGAUUAAUGCCAAAAAACUCAAUUUUCUGAGAACCUAACCAUAUGAAACUCAAUAAUUCUAUAAGGUACCAUCAAGGAAUCAUCAAGCUUAAACAGGAAGAUACAUAAAUAUAAUACCAUUAAUACCAGAAAAUGGAAUAUCGGCGAUGAAGAUCAUAAUAAUCUGUUAUUACUAUUAUUAUAGUAUUAUUAUUAUCGUAAAGCUAAUGCUGAAAAAUUACUUUUGCUCUUCAAAAAUUGCUUUGUUCGUAAAACAUUUUAUAAAUAUGAUAUAUUCUUAUACUUAUACGGGCUUGAAGACA